UCUCUCCAGUCUAGAGCGUUGGUCGUCCGCCGAUGAGGCGCGUGGAAUGCGGUCGCGCGUGUGCUCCUCUCCUUCUCUCUCUUCUACACCUCUCCGCUAUAGUCGUUGUUCAUCAUCUUGCGAGUACUUGUAUUUUUUCUCUUCCGUUUGCCAAGUGAGGACGCGGGUGUGGAUAUUCUGCACGGGGCGAUGAUUGUACUUGCGUGCAAAAGAUGAUCGUUAACUUUUGUAUACACCUGGCCGUUUCUAACCUAGGAGCUCCGAAAAAAAUCAAACGGUAAGAAGAAGGCUAGAAAGGAGGAAUCGAAAAGAAAGAGAAAUUGAAAAAAAUAGGAGAGCGAGAGGAAGGAGGCUGAUGUGGAAGGAGAGGGACUCGGGUCCUUUUUUUCUCCGAACUCUCUCUCCCGCGCGCCUUAUAUCACAGCUCGGACAGGUGUGCGUGUGUGGGCCCUAAUGUUUCGUGUCUUAAUGUGUACACAAAAAUUUGUAUAGGUAUGUGGGUGUAAAAGCCGUUGUGUGUUGCCCUGUAUAGUUUCGCCGCGACUUGUGGGUUAUUUUUGUAAAAAAAAAAAAAAAAUUGAAUAAAAAAAGGGUAACCAAUUGCAAUGAGCGGAGUGUAGUGUGUAAAUAAAAUCGACUGGACCUCCACAACCUUCUAAAUAACGUUAUGGUUGCAUACUUUCGGAGCAGAAGGAAAAUAUUCAGUAUUUAAAUGCAGAGGAGAUGCAUCUCAUAUUUCGGAGUCCGGAGCAACAGAAAGAGAAGAAGCACAUAAUAGUGGACAGUGUGAAAUCAAGCUGUGGUGUGUUGUUCAUGUGAUUGUUAGUCGGCAGAAUAUUUGUAAAUAUAACAAAAGUGUUUGUAGCGCGCGUGUGCGCGCCUGUAUAUUGUACAUAUUGUCACAAUUUAUAUAUCUUUAUAUUGCCUAAAUACAAACACACGAUAUAAGGAAGGAGAGUAAAAAAAAAGGUGGAGGAGGAGGAGGAGGACGUCUCGUUCACGCAGACGUUCUUUCCACGACGAAGAGGCGCGCGGUAGCGCGAGCGUUCGGAUGAAAUCGGAGAAACGCCGCUAAUGCUACCUACCGAUGGAACAAUAAUAAGGGCGAGAACAAAAAAAUACGUAUACCUAAUCACAGUUGGGAGUAAAAAAAGGAGUGCGAACGAAAAGAAGACAGAAGUGCGAGUGUGUGUAUAAAUACACACAUAUAUAUGUGUGUGAGAAACGGCGAGUGCAGUGUGUAAAGGAGAAAGAGAGACAGAGACAAGAUGGCGGAAUCGAGCUAUUAUCAGGGCGAUUACAUGAGGCACCCCGUCGUCUACGAACUGUCGCACAAGUAUGGAGUCGCCGACAACACGCAGGUGCCCCUGUCCGCGCGCUUGGACGAGCUUCGCGAACACAUACGCCGUGAAAUUCGCAAGGAGCUGAAGAUCAAAGCCGGCGCGGAGAAGCUGCGCGAGGUGGCGACCGACCGCAAGGCCCUCUCGGACGUGGCCGCCAUGGUGAAGAUGUCGAACAGCAAGCUGAGCGAGCUGCAGGCCGAACUCCAGCAGCUCGAGAGCCAAAUCAUCCUUACCCAGGGACAGCCGCAGACGCCGCAACAGAAUCACUCCAACGGACGAGACACCCCAAUGUCGCCGACGGGAGGAUCCUCGCCGAACCAGGAGGGCCUCUACACGGAUUUUCGACUGCCCUCGUUGGAAAAACAGCUCGACAUCGAACAGAAGGUGAAGCAAGGCGCGGAGAACAUGAUCCAGAGCCUGACGAGCGGCCACCGGGACAAAAAGCUGCUCCAGGAGGCGCAGCUCAUGCUCGACGACUCGCGGGCGAAAAUCUUGUACCUGCGUAUGCGCAUCACGAAGCUCAACCAGGCGCGGGAGCAGCAACACGCGCGGGGAGACGCGCCGGCACCCAACGGUGACGCAACCGGAAACAAAGUCAAGUACCAGCCGAACCUGGAACUCGCGCUCGAGGAGCGAGUCGAGGAGCUGCGACACAGGCUACGAAUCGAGGCGGCCGUCGUCGAGGGGGCCAAGAACGUCAUUCGUCUACUACAGAGUGCCAAAGUCGCCGACAAAAAGGCUCUGGGCGAGGCACAGGCGAGUCUCGCCGAGUCGAGCCGCAAGCUGGACUUGCUGCGACUGUCUCUGGAGCUGCGGCGCCAGGAACUGCCGGCCGACAGUGCGAUCGCCGCCCAACUGAAGAGCGAGCUCGCAAACUUCCAAUCGGCCAGCCCGAUGCCGGCCUACACCUCACUUCAGCCCUUCCGCGGACCCAUCGAGGGCCGGACCACCGUACCCGCGUCCGUCUCGAGAUGCGCGGCCGUCACCGGAGAACUCGAGGUGAGACUGAUGGGAUGCCAAGACUUGGUGGAAGAAGUUCCAGGGCGCACGAAGCGAGAUCACCCGGCGAGUCCAGACCUACGUAGCUUCGUGAAAGGAGUCACGGGCCGCAGCUCGAGCAAGUCGUACAACAUCAAAGACGAAAUAAGCAAUGACAUAAUGGCCGUGAUAAAGCUCGACAAUCAAACGGUGGCGCAGACGAGCUGGCGGCCGUGCUCUCAGCAGGCCUGGGACCAGAGGUUCUCGAUCGGGCUCGACAAGUCGCGCGAACUCGAGAUCGGCGUCUACUGGAAGGACUGGCGCUCGCUCUGCGCGGUAAAGUUCCUGCGCCUCGAGGAGUUCAUCGACGACGUGCGCCACGGCAUGGCGCUGCAGCUCGAGCCCCAGGGCCUCCUCUUCGCCGAGAUCAAGUUCCUCAACCCCAUGAUAUCGCGCAAGCCGAAGCUCCAGCGCCAGCGCAAGAUAUUCAAGCAGCAGGCCAAGAACUUCCCGCGCGCCAAUCAGAUGAACAUCAACGUAGCCACCUGGGGCAGGCUGCUCAAGCGCGCGACCCCCUCGCUCAGCAGCAACAACAACAGGCGCGAGUCCGAAAGCCCUCCUACCGGUUCCCAGCCGACGCAUCUCGUCUUCGACUCCUCGGUGACCGAGGACAAGCAGGAGACCCCGGGCGAGCAACCGGAUCCGGAAAAGGGUGGCCUCGGUGGUACUCGUCCACUCGGCAUGCUCUCUUCCGCCUCCUCGUCCUUGCACUCGGUUCAGAACAUUGAGAGCAUGACCACCUCGUCCACAGCCGCUACUCCUACUGCUAGUAGUACCGCUGGUGCAGCCAGCAUGGCGAGAUCCUCGUCCUCGUCCUCGCUGCCGCAUCCGCCGGAUCAUCCACCGCCACCGCCACCCGUUGCCAAGAAGCCCACGACGCCCGCGCCUCAGCCACCUAUCAGGGUCGACCAGGAGUUGCAGAACGCGUUGAGGGAGUUUGACUUCCUUCUGAAGGAAGAAAGAUCGGGCCAGCAGGGAGCGAGUCUGAGGCCCUUAGUCACCGAGCCCAGACCCGUGCUGAUAGCACCACCCUCUCCACGUACUCCCUCGCCUCAACCUGUCGUCGAGUUUCCCGAGGACGAGGUGGUGUACGAGGUGCCGAUGCCAUCGAGGUCACUCCAGUACCGGGACAGCGCCUACGAGUCCCGGCGUCACUCCCAGUUGAUGACGGUGGGCAUGAACUUGGAGAACUUCCGGCUACUGUCUGUCCUGGGCAGAGGCCACUUUGGCAAGGUCAUUCUGUCGCAGUACAGGAACACGGGCGAGUACUUUGCCAUCAAGGCUCUGAAGAAGGGCGACAUCAUUGCUCGGGAUGAGGUCGAAUCGCUGCUCUCCGAGAAGAGGAUCUUCGAGGUUGCCAACGCAACGAGGCACCCCUUCCUUGUCAAUCUGUUUGCUUGUUUCCAGACUGAGGCGCAUGUUUGUUUCGUAAUGGAGUACGCCGCCGGUGGCGAUCUCAUGAUGCACAUCCACGCCGACGUCUUCGGGGAACAGCGCGCUGUUUUUUACUCAGCCUGUGUGGUUCUUGGACUGCAGUACCUUCACGAGAGUCGCAUCAUUUACAGGGACUUGAAGUUGGAUAACUUAUUAUUGGACACCGAUGGCUACGUCAAGAUCGCCGAUUUCGGUCUGUGCAAAGAGGGAAUGGGCUUCGGAGACAGGACGGGCACCUUCUGCGGCACACCGGAGUUCCUCGCACCGGAAGUACUCACCGAGACUUCGUACACGCGCGCUGUUGACUGGUGGGGUCUUGGAGUACUGAUAUUCGAAAUGCUGGUCGGAGAAUCUCCCUUCCCUGGCGACGAUGAGGAGGAGGUUUUCGAUUCGAUCGUCAACGACGAGGUUCGUUAUCCGCGCUUCCUGUCGUUGGAAGCCAUUGCCAUAAUGAGACGACUUCUAAGAAAAAAUCCCGACCGAAGAUUGGGCAGUAGCGAGCGAGAUGCCGAAGACGUGAAAAAACAGGCCUUCUUCAGGAACAUCAAUUGGGAUGAUUUACUUAUGAGGCGUAUCAAGCCACCGUUUGUUCCACACAUCUCGUCAGUUGAAGAUGUCAGUAACUUUGAUGAGGAAUUCACUUCCGAAAAACCACAGCUUACGCCACCGAAGGAUCCACGACCGCUCAGUGAUCUGGAGCAGGCUUUGUUCAGAGAUUUCACUUACAUGGCUGACUGGUGCUAGCCAAAACAAAGCGAUCGGAUGGUUCUUUGGAGCAUGUAAUAAUUAGGAAAUUUACUUUAGGGAUACCAUUUUCAGAACGAAUGCUGUUUGCAUAAAUGUUCGUCCUCAUUUGUUCUCCAGAGAGAUGAUAUAUAUAUAUUUGCACUCGCUCAUUCAUAACACGAUGUAUUUGAUUAUUUGUAUAGUUUUUAUAUUUUAAUUACAUGUUAUGGUUAGACCUUUUUACAUUUCACAAACCACCUUGUGUUAUAGCUAAGAAAAAAAAAAAAGUAAAUUAGGAAUGAUAGUUAUUAUGUGAUUCGUGAAAGAUUUGGAGACAAAAUGAACUUUCGUCAGAAAAGUGGAAAUGCCUUUUUUUCAUCGUCGUCAUUAUUGGGACAAGAGUUGAGUAUCACGUUUUUAAUCUUAAUACUGUGCAUGUAUGUAAUAAUAAUUAUUUGAAGUCUAAGAAUAGUCUACUGUAAAAAAGUGUGAUUGUGUCGGUCAAGAUCGAAUUUAUAUUUAUGUAUGAUCCUUGUUGUACAAGCUUUUUUUUAUAUAUUGUGUACAGUCCGAAAUGGAAUCAAGCAUAAAAAAUCGACUAAUGAAAAUUCAUCCCGUUCAAUGUUACUCACACGAAGGUUAUGAAAAAAGCAAUAUCUAUAAAUUGAAGAUUAUAGUAAAACUGCGUGAGAAAUAUUAUUUUCUCAUUAUGCUGCUUAGAAAUUGCGGCAUAUAAAAUCGAAACUAUACUAUUAAGUAUUUUUGUGAAAACAUGUUUUUAUCCGUAAUUCAAGCUUAAUGAAGCAACGCGAAAAAAAAAAAAUAAAUAAAAAAAUAACAGUUUGCACGUAAUGAUUUGAAAAAUAAGGCAGCAUAUCAAACAUUGACAGAAUGAUUAACAAAAUGUGAUAAUUGUUCAAUCAAGUAUGUCAAAUAAGAAAAUAUAGGAUACAGUUUAUUGUUAAUUUGUAGAAUGUAUUUGCUUUAAUUAAUAUUAAUGAUUUUUUGCCUUAUUCAAUCAUGUAGAUUUUUGAAAUAACUUUGUAUAAGUUUACCUUUUGUCCGUUAUUAAUUAAACAUUAUUGAUAGAAAAACAAA